GCGGCACAGUGCCGCGCGCACGAUGGCGAAUCCUCGGGUCAUGGCGGCGGCGAGCGCGGUCUCAGUGGGCGCCGCCAGAAGGAUGCCCGGCUCAGUCAGAUACGGCGGCGCCGGGGUAGCGGCGUUGCGGGCGGAGGAGGUGGACGCGGUACCGCCGUCGGUGCCGGUGCGCGUCGCCUACGAGCUGCAGCUGGCCGGUCACCGCUACCUCGAUGUCAGAACGGAGGGUGAGUUUGGUGGUGGGCAUCCGGUGGGAGCGGUGAACAUCCCCUACAUGUAUAACACCGGGUCAGGAAUGGCGAAGAACUCACACUUUCUCGAGCAAGUGUCGGCGAUCUUCCGCAGGGACGACGAGAUCAUCAUCGGAUGCCAAAGUGGCAAGAGAUCUCUCAUGGCAGCAGCCGAACUCUGCUCCGCUGGCUUCACUGCCGUGACGACAUCGCCGGAGGGUUCUCGACUUGGAGGGAGAACGGACUGCCGGUCAAUGGACGGUGGCAACGCGGUCAACAUCAUAAUUUGUCUGAGCAUGCUCCGAGACACCACAUCAGUGCACUGAAUAAGCAAAAUAGAGUUUGAUAUGAGCUACUCCUCUGUACCACAAUACUUGUAGAUGGGGAAACUAAUACAAGUUCCCCAACCACAAGUAUUUCGGUACAGAGGCAGUAUAGGAUGUAUGUGCUAUAUUAAUGUUAGAAUCUCCGUUCUUCACCUGA